AGUACGCAUGACCGAAACUAGGAAACUGCAGCGUUGUCCCAUCUCAGCUAAUAUCUCAGCAACCAUGUGUUCAGUUCAGCAUCUCAGAGAGUUUAUCAGAGAGAGACUAACUGCUGCUGCGGAGGAAAUCUUCACAGAGGUUGAAAAAACCAUCAUUAGCUACGAGGAAGAGCUCGAUGCUCAGCGCAGGAUGAUGGGGAUCAGCUGGAAACCAGACAUUAAACUACACAGAGUCGGUUCGGAGCUGCAGAGACAAAGUUCUGACCUCCAACAGCCAAGUAUCUCCAAUGAGGAGGAAGCUCCUGUCAUCCAACAAGUCAGGAGCCUGGCAAGUGGGUCCAGUCAGGAUCAGUGGACUGGAGAGGAACAGAUGGAUCCAGAACCUGCACUACUCAAACAUGAGGAAACAGAAUAUCCAGUAAUAUACAUAACAAAAGAGGAGCAAGAUUCUUCAGUGCUUCAACAUGAACAGCAGCCACCAGAACAUUUACCAACUGAACAGGACCAGAAGAACCUCUGCAGCAGACAGGAGGGAGAGGAGCUUUUCCAGAAGCAUGCUCAGCACAGAAUGAUGGGGAUCAACAAGAAACCAAAAAUAAAGCUACACAGAAUUGGAUUGGAGUCUCAGAGAGAAAGUUCUGACCUCCAGCAGCCAAGUGUCUCCAAUGAGGAGAAAGCUCCUGUCAUCCAACAAGUUUGGAGCCUGGCAAGUUGGUCCAGUCAGGACCAGAAAGAAGCAGAACAUCAUUGGACUGGAGAGGAACAGAUGGAACCAGAACCUACACUGCUCAAAUAUGAGGAAAUAGAAUAUCCACUAUUAAAUGUAAAAAGAGAAGAGUUAGAUUCUUCAGUGCUUCAGCAUGAACAGCAGCCACCAGAACAUUUAUCAACUGGACAGGACCAGAAGAACCUCUGCAGCAGUCAGGAGGGAGAGCAGCAAACUGUGCAGAAGCCGCUUGCUGCUUUGAUUGAGACUUCUACUGUUCAGGAAGAUGAUAUGAAUGAAGAAGAGACCAGAACAGAGCGACUUUCCCUUCAUGUCUCUCCAGUGGUUGAGAGCAAAGAUCAGAAAGGAAGCAGCAGGCCUGUGUCAAAGAGUCAGUCUGGUACCAGUAAAAGAAAAGAUCUUUCAAAUGUGACAGUUGUGGGAUAUGUUACACACAACAGUGGAAGCUGAAAAUACAUUC